AGCACUAAAGAGGCGUUGCAGAGUAACUGCAGACUCAGCAAGGAGGAGGCAGCCUGCGUACUCCAGCGGAUGGAUCCAAUGAAAACCGCGUAGGACGCUUUGAUGCCUUUUGGUACUUGUGUGGAAGUCUCUGGGUGUUACUGUGCCUGGAUCUUCUGAGGUUUAGGAACAACUGGAUAAAGAUUUUGGCUCAGAAGCACAAUCAUGAUGACCGGAUUUCGGUUGAAUUUGUCGCCGCUGAAGGAGCCUCUGGGCUUCGUUAAACUGGUGGAGUGGCUCACAGCCAUAUUUGCUUUUGGAAGCUGUGGCGGAUUCUCAGGGAAGAACAUCAUAUCUCUCUUCUGUGGGGAUGGCAGGAAUGAAACUCUAGAUGCCAACUUUCACUACCCAUUUAGGUUAAGCCAGGUCCCACUCGUCGAGGGAAACACCACUAUUUGUAACCACACUGUCACAACAACGCACAUGGUGGGAGACUCAGCCUCCUCAGCAGAGUUCUUUGUGGGCAUCGCCAUAAUCUGCUUUCUGUACAGCAUGGUGGCUCUGUUGGUGUAUUUAGGCUACAUGCAUGUCUACAAGGACUCUGACUUUGGACCCAUUUUCGACUUUGUGGUCACAGCGAUCCUGGUCUUCCUGUGGCUGGUGUGUUCGUCCGCCUGGGCGAAGGGCCUGCAGAAUGUGAAGGAUGCCACAGACACUGAUGGCAUCAGCGCCACGCUGGCACUCUGCAAGGGGAGCAACAUCACCUGCGAGGUCACAGAGUUCGCCAACAUGCGGACGCUCAACAUCUCUGUGGUGUUUGGCUACCUCAACAUGUUUGUGUGGGCGGGCAACGCCUGGUUUGUGUACAAGGAGACCCGUUGGCACUCCCAGAAAUUCUCCUCUCAACCAGGACCUGCAAGGCAACAGGUCCCUGCACCCAUCUAACAUUCAGUAGAGCAUAAAGCAACACAAACACACAGUCGCGUACAAAUACUCACAUACACAUACACAUCACACAUAGGCGGACACAGACAGCCACAAUCUGAGCACAUGCACACUCACUGUAUGACCACAUGUGCAUGAAGACAUUAUUUUACACACACACACACACACACACACACACACAAAUGCUCUGUGAAGCUAAAGAAGAGAAAACGAAGGAUAAAUUGACUGAGGGAUUUGGAACAAUAUUGGAUUUGGACUUUAUCAAUGCAGUAGCAGCUGUGUGGGUAGUACACAGACCUGAAUUAGCAUUUUGUAACCCAAAAUGACUUAAUUCACGGCAUACUUGAACUGAGAGCAGUUCUAAAAAGCAACAUAAAUUUCCCAAAAGAUAUCCUCUGAAGGCCUAAGCAACCCCGCAGCAGUCCGAGGCGGGGGGGGGGAGGAGAAAGUGUCAUGUGUAGAUUAGGCUUUGUUCUUUUUUUUUAUUCUUGCCUGUUUCAUAUACUAUAGCAACACCAAUGCAAGUAGUAUAUCAAAUCCUUUAAAAUCUGCCUUCUUACAACCAUUUCUUGAUGGUUUCUUAUGCUUUAGUAAGCAGAUACAUGCACAAACAACGACCAAAUGUGUUCUUUAAACCUAAGCUUUAUAGCAGCCUUAUAAGAAGAGAGGUUUCCUUACUUCUCUGGUCCAAUAUUAGGAUAUUGGCAAAUGUAUUCUGCUUAAUUAUAUACUGACGAAUGUAAGAUACUUUGAACUCAUCUCUUUGUCUCUGACAGAAAAGCAACCACAAGAGACAAGAUUACAUUUUUUAAUACCUGCAGCAAUAGGGAUAAUGUGAUCAAGGUUGUCAGGGUAACAGAGAGGGUAAAACUGUUGUCUGUAGUGCACUAUGACGCAUGAAACUCUAUACCAUAUUACCAGUUUUCAGAAUUCCAUUCAUUGUGAUUUAUUGACGUACAGUAUAUCACAUACAUUUAAUAUUGGCCUUGAAACCGAGCCAUGCAUAUUUUGUAUAUUUUUUUCAUUCUUUCAUCCAUUUGCUCUCACAGUUAGCCCAGCUGCCCCCCUAGUGGUGGCUAGCUGGUAUUGCAAUGGCUGGACAAAACUAAAUUAGGAUUAUUAAUUAGCAAAACUAGCGUAAAGAUGUCCUCUUUUCAUGAAGUACACUGAUGAGGUGAAUCCAUAUAAACGUCUUGAUCCUGCACUGGUUUUCCUCACAGAGGUCGAUCUAUGCAAGGAGGACAAGGAGGCAGGUUGUUCACUAACUCAUACGGUGCUUAAUAUGCUGUCCUUCAAAGCACUGCGGGAGUGUGAAUCUAUUUAGAGUACUUGAUUGAGAGUUGGCUACUCAGUUAGUUCAGGAAAGUCUUGCUGUGUGAGUGCAGCCGAUGUUUGAAAUCUUUCAGUUCCUCUGUGUCUGAAGGCUUUGAUUUAUUUAGUCUCUACUAAGGUACCAGAUGAAGGUUGAAUCCGUCCUUGAUUGUGUCAUUAAAAAAAAACAAAAAAAAAAACCUGUUUGUUGUUAUCAUUUUGAAUGUAGUAGUGGCUUUUAUCUGAACUUCUUCAUUUCAUUUUCAUUCAUUUUUGCAUCACUGUUAAACAGAAACAACUCUGCCAAAGCACUAUUUUUUUUCUCUUCUCUGUUCAAGCUUAUCAGUAUCUCUCCAUGUGAUGCUAAAUCAUUUAUUUCGUUGCAGUUCAAACCACUCCGUCCUGUGUAGUUUUUUUUUUAAAUCCUUCGUGAGACACCAAACUUGUGUUGUGUUUUAUAAACUGUGUCACCUUUUUGUCUUAUUUUUUCACUUUCAGUAUAUGUAGAUGAUUAUUUGAAGGGCUUUCUUUUUUUGUCUAUUGUCUUUUGAUAUAGGAAAAAUGGAAGUGGGAUGAUGUGAAUUGAAACAUUUGAACGUGUUUGGUAUACUGGUUAUGCCUCUGCACUCUUGUAAUCAUCGUCCAACUAGCCAUAGCUUUGUCAAUGAUUCCUAUGCAUUUAACCUGCCAAACUGUCUUAUUCAAAAGAGACAUACAUUCACUCUGUGACAUGCACAAUUUUCAAUGUACCUUUGUUUUGUUUUUCAAUAAAAAAUGAAUGAUUUUUUUCAUUAA